UCGGUUGCGAGGGAAAAGAAGCUGUGCAGUAGGUGUGGCUACCAGAUGCAUCUUGGUGGAAAUUGUCCAGCGAGAGGAAAGAAUUGCAGGAAGUGCGGUGCACAGAACCAUUUUGCCCAGGUUUGCAAAUCAGUCGGCGCCACGCAUAACGCCAGCCGUCCAGGAAAAGAGCUACGGGAGGUACGGGCCGAGACAGACGAUUUUUUUUCUUGCGGGGCUAGCGAUAAACUCGCUUGAAGUUGAUAAAUGGACAGCAACAGUUUACAUCGAAGGCCAACCUGUCACGUGCAAACUGGACACAGGAGCGAACUGUUGCGUUAUCUCCAAAAACGAGCUGGAAAGGUUACCUGCUAAGCCAAAGGAAGCCUGCAAGGUGACUCUAACAGCGUUCUUUGGUCACAGGACUACGGCACAAGCAAAAGUCAAGCUUCUGCUUUACGCUAACAACAAAAAAUGCGAAGAACAAUUUUUCGUCGUCGAGCACGAUGUUCCAGUCACGCUCAGCGGGGCAGUCGCAGAACGCCUGGGGUUUAUAUACCGCAUACAGAAAGUCUCCAGUGAAGAACUAUAUCGCCCAGCCCAACCUUUCGCAGAUGUUUUCAGCGGGCUAGGACAACUGAAAGGCGUGGAGUACUCGAUGAAGCUGAAACCCGGCAGCGCGGGAACCGUCGUGCCUGCUAGGAGGGUCCCCAUCGCCCUGCAAGACAAAGUUCUGGCAGAACUGCAGCGCAUGGAGCAGCAGGGCGUCAUUACAAAGGCGGAGGUUCGCUACUUGGGACACAUCCUCACUACGCAAGGCCUGCGCAUCGACCCGGAGCGUGUUCAGGACAUUCUGGAAAUACCCGAGCCUAAGACCAAGACGGCGUGGCCGGAGCACAAGCAUGGUGUCCCAGAGCCGGGAAGGCCAUACUGGACCUACAGGGAAGAAGUUCACGCACAAGAUGGGCUAGUCUUCCGAAGCAACAAGGUAAUUAUACCGAAAUCGAAACGGGCAGAGAUCAUGCAGCUCCUCCACGCAGCGCAUGCUGGAGCAGAUAAGAUGAAAGCGAGGGCCAGCAGUGUAAUGUUUUGGCCAAAUAUGUCCGCAGAUAUUCAACAGUUUUGCAAGACCUGCAAGGUAUGCCAAAUGCACCAGCCACGAAACUAG